AUGGCGGCUGUUCCGAUCAACACUCCACCUGAAUCAUCUGAAGAAGAGUUCAGCAACUCCAAAGUUUCCUACUCGUAUGAAGACGACUCAAUGGAAGUCGAACAGUCUGAUUCGGAAAACACCAAUGGAGCUACAGGAACUAAUGCAAAUGGUAAUGAAGAUGAGUUUUGGGUUCAGUAUCCUGCUUUGAAGGAGUUUUUGCCCAGAAUGGCACGCUUUCUUGGAAACGAUAAUAUAUCCGAAUACUAUCUUUUGGAGAAAGCCAAACUUUUGGGAGAUGAUGUGGCCAAAGAGUUGAAUGAUAAAUAUGAGGCUUUGCGUAUUAAGGAGUUGGAGUAUUGUAGCUUAAAGUUAAGCAUCGUUUCUGAUGUUCUGUCCUUGAUGAAACCCUGA